AUGUCGUCCACCACCAACGCAUCGUCCGACGCCUCCAUUGAUAAGUUCAAUGGAGACAACUGUGCGACUUGGAGUCGAUACACGGGCGGUGUGUUUUUGACGAAGUCCGAUUGGCACGUCGUGAACCGUGAAACGACUCCGACUUUCACCGACCCGCGAGCGUCCGAUGACUACGUCAAGGCGAGCAACGUCGCGUUUGGUAUGAUGUUGCUGCACACGAAUGCAUAUUAUUAG